GCUAAAAACUUGCAAUUCAUGGCAUGGAGGAGGCGCCGGCAGCCCUCUGAUCUGUGUGAGGUGAGGUGGUGGAGCAGCAGAUCAUGCUCUGAACCCACUUAUUACCGAGCCGAAGUCAAGCCUCGUCUAGCUGCUCGAGGGUUUUCCUCUUUCUUCCCUCCUCACUGUCCUCUUCUCUCCUCUUAGGCGAAAUCUGAUAAAACAUCAGCGCGUUUUCUAUGUAGUUUGGUGGGCUAAUUGCCCUGCUUGUUUCGCAAAGAGGAAAGCAGUUCGUACUGCAGCAGAUGCAUUCAACUUUGAGCAAGAGGGACAACCCCUAAACCCCGUUUUUUUUACACGAGGGACAGACACAUCUCCGUCAUCUUCCACUUCAUGAAAAGGACGCGUCUCGGGGAAAGGUGAUCACAGAACCGACGAUGGCAGCUACUCUAUCGGCGGAGGAAGAACAGGCUACUAGGCAGUUUCUGGAGGAAAUCAACAAGUGGACCAGUCAGCAUGGAGUGUCACCGCUGUCCAGGGAAUUGGCCGUCAAGUUCCUCAUGGCUCGAAAGUUUGACGUCCUGCGAGCCAUCGAGCUUUUCCACAGCUACAGGGAAACGCGUCUUAAAGAAGGAAUCGUCCGACUCCAGCCUCAGGAAGAACCACUGCGCUCUGAGCUGCUCAGUGGGAAGUUCACCGUGUUGAGUGUGCGGGAUCCUUCGGGGGCCUCCAUUGCCUUGUACACUGCCAAACUUCAUCACCCGAACAAAACAGGCAACCAUGUGGUGCUUCAGGCUCUCUUCUACCUCCUGGAUCGGGCUGUGGAAAGCUUUGAGACCCAGAGGAAUGGCUUGGUGUUCAUCUAUGACAUGGCGGGCUCUAACUACACAAACUUCGAGCUGGACCUGAGCAAGAAGAUCCUCAACCUGCUCAAGGGGGCGUUCCCUGCCAGGCUGAAGAAGGUGCUGAUUGUCGGGGCCCCUGUUUGGUUUCGUGUGCCCUACAAUCUGCUCAGCCUGCUUCUCAAGGAGAAACUAAGGGAGAGGGUCCAGAUGGUGAAAAUGGCCGAGCUUCGCCAACACCUUCCCAGAGAUUGCCUCCCGCAGCACCUGGGCGGCCUGCUGCCUCUGGAGUCGUUCAGCUGGAACCAGCAGCUCCUGGCGGGUCAGAACGGCCGGGUGGACCCAGUGGACGAGCUGGUGGGAAUCCCCGUGGAAGACGCUUCCAUUCACGUCCCCGGACCCGAGUCCAUGCGCCCGCAGGAGCUGCUGACGCACCUCGGCAGGCUUCAGCGCUCCGGCAUCCAUCAGGAGUACGAGGAGGUCCGCAAAGACCCGCCUCCCGGGACUUUCAACUGCGCACAAUCAGCCUAUAAUCAGGAGAGGAAUCGCUAUGGUGACGUGCUGUGCCUUGAUCAAACCAGAGUUCGUUUGAAACCCAGAAGGAACGAGCGAACAGACUACAUCAACGCAAGCUUCAUGGACGGCUACAAACAGAGGAAUGCAUACAUUGGUACUCAAGGACCGCUGGAAAAGACCUACAGUGAUUUCUGGAGAAUGGUCUGGGAACAAAACGUGCUUGUUAUCGUCAUGACUACCAGGACAGAUGAGGGGAGUCGGAAGAAGUGUGGACAGUAUUGGCCUCAGGAUGAAGGUGGGCAGGAGGUCUAUGGCCACAUGGCAGUGGUUAACCAAAGGGUGGACAACCACACCCACUACAACCACACCACCCUGGAACUGCACAACACUGAGACGUGUGAACAGAGACAAGUGAGUCAUUUCCAGUACCUCAGCUGGCCUGAUUACGGCGUUCCCACCUCAGCAGUGACUCUCAUUGACUUCCUGGGAGCUGUGAAGAGACAACAGAGGAAAAUGGUGAACUCUUUGGGACUUCAGUGGGCGGGCCACCCACAGGGACCCCCGAUGGUGGUCCACUGCAGCGCAGGGAUUGGGAGAACAGGUACCUUCUGUGCCCUGGACAUCUGUCUGUCCCAGUUGCAGGAUGUAGGCUCGCUAAAUGUUUGCCAGACGGUGCGACGCAUGAGAACACAGAGAGCCUUCAGCAUUCAAACCCCGGACCAGUACUACUUCUGCUACAAUGCCAUUCUGGAGCAUGCCCAAAGACAGGGCCUGCUCCCAGCCAAUCAGUGAGCUUCAGCCCUGACUCCCUGAAAUUAAUCCACGAGCCGUGAGAUCUCUGCAGUCAGUCUGUUAACCCCAUGCUGUGUUGUGUGACCAAUUUGUGAGCCCAGGCUAGUUAACGUCCUCACAGAAGCUGUCUUCUAAAACUAGGUCAUCCUUUAAUAGCAAGUCAAACCGAGACAAGACGGUGAUAAGGAAAGGCCUGAGUUUGACAUUAUGAUGUUUCGAUGUGAUAACAAUGUGACAUUUUGUUUAUGCCCAACAUAUCUCAGACAAUACGUGGCAGCGUGAACAAACUGCUCCUGUGGUGUGCAGUUUUGUGCUCUGUGUUCAGGCAUAUUGGGUGACGUGAUUGAGGUAAUGUUCAUUCACCCUUUUUUUAAUUUAUCUGCCAUUUAAAACCAACGGUUUAGGGGACCUUUAAAGGAGUAAUUCGCCCCAAAAUUUAAAUGAAAUCCUUAUCAGUUUAAGCUCCACAGAAAUUAAGACAAUGAUAACAAUAAAUAUGACCUUUAAUGUAAACCUGGCCAUUGUGUGCCAAGAGUAAUUUAAUUUAGCUAUGGAGAGCCAUUUUUUAAACAUCAGCAUAUAUAAUUUACAAGGACAAUAUCAUUGUGAUACGAUUUAAGUAAGCUGAAUAAAAUACUUUUUUGAAAUAGCUGAGGCUGGAGAGAGAUUUUUAUGCGCUUUGUUUUUCAAUUUGUAGUUUUCGGGAGUUUUCAUUUUGGGGUGAAACGAUCCUUUAACUAAGUAAACCAUUUUCUAUUCCAAAUUGCGGUGUUUGAGCUCCACUGUCCCCACCUGUUUAACCUCCUAUCCAGGAAAUAUUGCGUAGUGCAUUUUUAGCACAUGGUAUUUGUCACAUAGAUGGUACGAGCCAGUCUCAGGAGUGUCAUACUGAACACAAGGAGGUGAAACUGCUCAACUUUAAAAAAAAACAAUGUAGUCUUUUGCCAAGAAGGUGUUGUAUUCUUUUGAGGUUAUUUGAUGCAUUCUCCUUUGCCUUAGUAAAGAAAAAAGCAGCAGUAAAGAGGGGUAAGCACAUCCAAAAUGACCGGGCUGUAAACUCCUAAAUGGCCGUUACACCCCCUCCUGUGAUCACUUGUUAAAUUCCUUUUUUAUCUAACUGUAUCCACUGACCUUCCAUCUCAACUAUGAGAUUUCCUGACUUGCAGAACAGACCGUGACCAGUGUCUGUAGCCGCCUUUGCUCACUAGCAGUGCCAUCAUGCUUCAGUGACUGUGGGAAUGUAUCGCUAAGUGCCCACACAUGCACACACACACAUUUAGAGCAGUCUGCAGUGACUAUGCCAUCAAAGUCAUCAGUUAAGACCUCAUGAGUAGUGCAAUACUUUUUUCUUCUUCUCACAGAUCAUGUCUUAGCACUUUCAUAUAACUGUUCCCAAUGUGCUCUGAGAUUAGUCAUCGUGGAGAUAGGAUGUGAUGACGCGUACAAUUUAGAUCUGUCGCUCUACAUGUGAUGCUGGGAUAGUUAAUCUUAGUAAUGCUGAAAUAUAAAACAUUUAGUGACAUUUUGGACUUACUGUAAUUGUCUGCAUAGAGCUUUAUUGGGGCAUCAAGAGGAUUGUUACAGGGAAGCCAGAAAAUAAUGAUAGAAAAACUGAAAAAGCAUGUACUAAUAUGUGCCUACGCCCUCCAGAGUCCUUCUUGAGUUCGUCUGAAGUAUAUUUCAUUAUUCUUGUGUUACUUUAAGUUCUACAGACUGUGGUUGCAAUCAGUGCUUUCAUCUGAUCCCAGUACCUUGCCAUUAUUAUAGAGUACAUGUACAAAAACUGUCUGUGUUUCAUACGCUGCAUUAUGUCAUUGCUGGGUGAAAAAAACAACUGUUCUUUGCUACAGAAUUCAUAUUGAAUUUGCUUGUAGUGAAGCCUUUUUAAAUCUGCCAUCCUCAUGCACUCUUGUUUUAGAAUUAUUUUUUCCUUUCAAUGAUGGAUGCAAAAUGUGCCCUAUUUUAUUUUUCUAUUGUAUUCAACAACUGUUUUCAUACGAUUACCCAGGAUAUACAGUUAUCUACAUUAAUUUUAUAUUUGUUCUAUUAUAACCUAUUACUUUAUCAUUCGUAUGACUAUUGAAUCAAGCUAUACUGUAUUAAAUACAAACUAUGUCAACGUGAA